AUGGAAUCAGCUCAAAAAGAAAAACUGGUCGCAGCCAAGAACAAAUUACACCAAAUGCAUCUUGAAUCGGAAGAAAAGAAAAAGAUCCAAGCAGAAAAAGAAAGAAUUCAGGCACAAGAAAGAGCGAAGAGGGCAGGGUCUCGAGCCCCGCAAUCCUCACACCAACAAAGUGGAACCCCCGUGGGACCUCCCCUAGUUGGUAAGCUCAACAACUCCAACACGGACAAUGAUGGAAUCCCCAUUGGACAACCAGAUGAAGAUGAAGGUUUGGGUGUCGCUGGACAUGAAGGAGAUGACGAAUCGUCCGAGGCAGAAGGCAUCACGAGUGAUUUCCGAUCUACUUUAAAGAAGAACAAAGCACACUUAUUAGAAGACGGUUCACAGGCUCCAAGCCUCAAAAGGAGUAUCAGAAUAAAAGGCAGAGAAGCAGCCAUAGGCGCUAUACUGGCCCAGCGCAAAAUAGGAUUCACUCACUUCGCGUCGUCCAACGGAAUUCCCUCAACAGAGGAGAAAGAUGAUUCGACCAAACAGGGUGUGUCAAUCAUGGACAAACUUAACCAUGCGGUCGAGUUUGGGACAAUUGAGGAAGCUCGGGCAGCCCUUGAGAAAGUCGACGCCGUCUUGAAACGGACACUCCAUUUUGAUCUUCCUAGGCGUCUGCCGUAA